AAUGAAAUGAGGGAGGAGACGGAAGGGGCGUGGCCUCGCGGACAUGGAGGGCGACGGCGCGUACGAGCCGGGCUUUGUGGGGAUCCGGUUCUGUCAGGAAUGUAACAACAUGCUGUACCCCAAGGAGGACAAGGAGAACCGGAUCCUGCUCUACGCUUGCAGGAACUGCGAUUACCAGCAGGAGGCCGACAACAGCUGCAUUUACGUCAACAAAAUCACCCACGAAGUCGAGUGUUCAGGGGAAUUCCCAAAAUUUCCCCAAAUCCCACAGGACGCGAUGCGAUUGUACUACGUGUGCACGGCCCCGCACUGCGGCCACCGCUGGACGGAGUGACCCCACCAGUGACCCCAAAAGGGGUUCUGAGACCCCAAAAUCACCCCAAGAGUGAUCCCGGGCCCCAAAACCACCUCGGGAUGGACCCUCAGGACCCCAAAACCACCCCGGGAUUGAACCUUGGGACCCCAAAAGUGACCCCAGGACCCCAAAACCACCCCAAGAGUGAUCCCGGGACCCCAAAACCACCCCAAGAGUGACCCCAUGGUCCCAAAAUCACCCCAGGAUUGACCCUCGGGACCCCAAAACCAAACUGGGACACCCAAAAGUGACCCCAGGACCCCAAAACCACUCUGGGAUGGACCCUCAGGACCCCAAAAUCACCCCAAAAGUGUCCCCAGGACCCCAAAAUCACCUCAGGAUGGACCCUUGGGACCCCAAAAUCACCCCAAAAGUGUCCCCAGGACCCCAAAACCACCUCGGGAUGGACCCUCAGGACCCCAAAACCACCCUGGGAUUGAACCUUGGGACCCCAAAAGUGUCCCCAGGACCCCCAAAACCAGACUGGGACCCUCCCCAGGACCCCAAAACCACCCCAAGAGUGACCCCAUGGUCCCAAAAUCACCCCAGGAUUGACCCUCGGGACCCCAAAAUCAAACUGGGAGCCCCAAAAGUGACCCCAGGACCCCAAAACCACCCCAAAAGUGACCCCAGGACCCCAAAACCAAACCGGGACCCCCAAAAGUGACCCCAGGACCCUAAAACCACCCCAAAAGUGACCCCAGGACCCCGAAACCACCCCAUGAUUGACCCUCGGGACCCAAAAUGACCCCAAGAGUGACCCCAGGACCCCAAAAUCACCCCGGGAUGGACCCUUGGGACCCCAAAAUCACCCCAAGAGUGAUGCUGGACCCCAAAAUCACCUCAGGACGGACCCUUGAGACCCCAAAAUCAAACUGGGACCCCCAGAAGUGACCCCAGGACCCCAAAACCACCUCGGGAUUGAACCUUUGGACCCCAAGAGUGACCCCAGGACCCCAAAACCACCCCAAAAGUGACCCCAGGACCCCAAAACCACCCCAAGAGUGAUCCUGGGACCCCAAAAUCACCUCAGGAUGGACCUUUGGGACCCCAAAACCAAACUGGGACCCCAAAACCACCCCGGGAUUGAACCUUGGGACCCCAAAAGUGUCCCCAGGACCCCAAAACCACCCCAAAAGUGACCCCAGGACCCCAAAACCAAACUGGGACCCCCAAAAGUGACCCUAAGACCCCAAAACCGCCCCGAGAUGGACCCUCAGGACCCCAAAACCACCCCAAGAGUGAUCCCGGGCCCCAAAAUCACCUCGGGAUUGAACCUUUGGACCCCAAGAGUGACCCCAGAACCCCAAAACCACCCCGGGAUGGACCCUCAGGACCCCAAAACCACCCUGGGAUUGAACCUUGGGACCCCAAAAGUGUCCCCAGGACCCCAAAACCACCCCAAAAGUGACCCCAGGACCCUAAAACCAAACUGGGACCCCCAAAAGUGACCCUAAGACCCCAAAACCGCCCCGAGAUGGACCCUCAGGACCCCAAAACCACCCCAAGAGUGACCCCAGGACCCCAAAACCACCCCAGGAUGGACCCUUGGGACCCCAAAAGUGACCCCAGGAUCCCAAAACCACCCCG